AUGGGAUGGGGGCACGCUUUAAGAGGUGUGAAGGGUCGGCGGUCAGAAGGGAUCUUGUCAUCGACGUGGAUGGCUUACAUCCUUUCGUUUUUCCUGGGGCAACUCAGAGGCCAAGGCCGAGGUGUUGGUGCAUCGUAUGAAAUUAUGUGUUGUGUUUUUAUUGGGCGGAUGAGCUCGGCGAGUGCCGAGCAUCAACAAAAAAUCUUAUGGCCGAAGAAAUGA